UCCGCCGCGGCGGCGCCCGCCAGGCAGGUCACCAUGCGGAUGUUCCACGGCGACGUCUCCCUCGGCGACGCCGAGGUCUUCCCGAUCAAGCCCGGGCCCGACGCCGCGCUGCCCUUCCCCAGCAACGAGAUCCGCGUCAGCCACCUCUCGCCCGCCAGCGAGCGCUGCCCGCCGCUCGCCAUCCUCCAGACCAUCGCGCCCUUCUCCGUGCGAUGCAAGCUCCAGGCCAAGACGCUCCCGCUCAACCCCAGCAUCCACCGCCUCUACCUCACAUGCUUCAACGAGUACAAGAGCGCGGUGGUGGUGGUCGGGGACGAGGAGCUGCACCUGGUGGCGAUGCCGAGCAAGGCGGUCAACGUGCCCUGCUUCUGGUGCUGCGCCGUGCGCGCCGGCCUCUACGCCUCCUCCGUCGGGAUGCUCAACCUCCGCUGCCUCGCCAUCGUCUUCGACCUCGACGAGACCCUCAUCGUCGCAAACACCGUCGCAUCCUUCGAGCGCCGCAUCGGGGACCUCUCACACAAGAUGGAGGCCGUGGACGACCCCGGCAGGGUGGCGGCCAUGUCCGCCGAGAUCAAGCGAUACAUCGAGGACAGGGCGCUUCUAAAGGAGUUCAUCGACAAGGAUACCGUUACGGAUAAUGGCAGGAUCCUAGUGGCACAGAAGGAGGAGGUGCAGCCUAUUGGUGCCCAGGACCGGCUUCUGCGGCCCGUCAUCCGCCUACCGGAGAGGAACGCCAUUCUCACCCGCAUCAAUCCAGAGAUCCGCGAUACUAGUGUUUUUGUAAAGCUAAGGCCUGCCUGGGAAGAUUUGAGAAGUUAUCUAACUGCCAAGGGACGCAAGAGAUUCGAGGUCUAUGUAUGUACGAUGGCUGAAAGAGAUUAUGCUCUUGAGAUAUGGAGGCUUCUUGAUCCAGAAGCUAAUUUAAUCAGCUUGAAUAAUAUUUCAGAACGUGUAGUAUGUGUAAAACCAGAUUCUAGUAAGUCUCUGCAGCAUGUUUUUAAAAACGGAGGAUGCCAUCCAAAGAUGGCCAUGGUGAUUGAUGACAGGCUGAAGGUCUGGGAUGAGAAAGACCAGCCUCGAGUCCAUGUUGUCCCUGCAUAUGCUCCAUACUAUGCCCCACAGGCUGAGACGGCGAAUGCUGUUCCAGUGCUUUGUGUUGCGAGAAAUGUUGCUUGCAAUAUUCGUGGUGGUUUCUUCAGGGAGUUUGACGAAAAUCUAUUGAAGAAAGUGUUUGAACUAUUAUACGAAAACGAGUUAUUGGAUCUUCCAUACGCUCCAGAUGUCGGCGACUACUUAGUCUGCGAGGACACUAGUUUUGUACCAACCAACAAAGAUCCUGCCCCUAUACCUGAGGGUAUGAGUGGAGCUGAAGUGGAGAAGAGGUUGAAUGGACGGGCACAUCAGGUGGACCAAAAACAGAUAUCUUCUUCAACCCCUAUACCUGAGGGUAUGAGUGGAGCUGAAGUGGAGAAGAGAUUGAAUGGGCGGGCACAUCAGGUGGACCAAAAACAGAUAUCUUCGUCAACCCGUUCAUCAGAUGACGUGCGAGUGGCACCGCGAGGCAAUCUAGCUGGUUCAAAUGUCGAAUCCAAUGGAGGCUCACUGCCAAUAACCCCUUUAUUGUUUGUCUCGGUAUUACAAGAAAUUGGGCGACUAUGUAACUCUAAGGUGGAGUUUAGGUCUACAGUAAGCAGCACUGGCAAAAGUACGCAAUUUUCAGUUGAGGUUCUAUUUAGUAACGAAAAAGUUGGAUCUGGCACUGGAAAAACAAGGGAGGAGGCCCAAGUGCAAGCUGCCGAAAAGGCUCUCCAAAAUUUGCAAAGCAAUUACUUGUCAUUUGUUGCUCCUAUGGCUGGGGUUCUUAAUAAAGACACAAGCAAGUCUCCUGGGGGUGGAAAUGGCUUUCUGGAAGACGAUAUCGAUGCAGAUGGUGAUACUUCUAUGAAAGAACUAUCUGGAAGUACACCAAUUGUGGAUAGGUUGUCCUCUGUUAUAAGUCUUCUUAGAGAACUUUGCGUGGAGGAUCAGCAUGUAAUAUUUCGAGAUGAAGUCCAGAAUCCUGGCUCGGCAAUCAACGAAGAAUACCAUUUUCAGGUUGAACUUGCAGGACAGAUACUUGGGAUUGGCAUUGGUGCCAACAGAGAUUUUGCGAAGCUUCAGGCUGCAGAAGAGGCCCUGAGAUUCCUGGAAACAACUACUGACCCACAGAUCAAGAAGCAUUUGAGACCAAUAAGAUGCAGUUGAACUCCUCACCCUUUCCUCAUCCCCCCAACUGUACCAACCAAAUGAGUUGAAAGAAAGUUGGAAUGUGAAACCAGCUUCGCACUUAAUCAUUCCAUGUACAAAAUGGUCGCAUGUGACUGAUUUACCGGAAGCACCUCUCUGUGAGUACGGCUGUCGCCUCCUCAACCAGGAUGUGUGUAUCCACUGUUGGUACUCGUAGGCUUGGAUAUGCAACUUUUGGAGAUGGUACAUAUACAAAGCGGGACAUGAGGCUUUCUUGAUUCUUUUGACUACCUUCCCCGGAGAAUCUUCUCGUAGACUAUUUGCCUCCGCAGUGCGCACAACAGCAGAUGUACUUAUCAGGAUAAGAUACUGGCAUGGUUGGCUGUAAACAAGUAGGAAUGUAGAAGUUAGUUGUGAGUAUUAUUACCAGUUCCGGAUGCAGUUGUAAAUUGUUUAGGGGCAUUAAAUCUGCAAUGCUAAUGCUGAUUUUUCAAGUUUAUAUAUGUUUAGGAGCAUUAAAACGGUGUUAA